CAUUAAGGGGCGGCUGAUUAAUUUUUUCGAAUAAAAUUUAAAUUUCAAAUUCCAUCCACCGAUGGUCUAACGGUCAUAUUUUUCGAACAGGAGACUACAAAUUCCAACGUCUCUCUCCUUCCCUUUACAUAAUCUCUUCAUCUCGUCCCUCCUCACAAUCUCUCUUUCUUUAGUCUGCAAUAUCCUCUACGGUGUUUUCUGUAAACAGUUUCCGUUCUCCUUGAUCUUCAACGAAAUCUCAAUCUUUCCAACAGGUUGCAAUGGAUUUCCACUGCCUUACAAGGAGAGAACUCCAAGCUCUCUGCAAGAGGAACAAGAUUCCUGCGAACUUGACCAACGUAGCUAUGGCUGAUGCAUUGAAAGCUCUUGAUCACGUUGAAGGGUUAUCAGAUAACCUGGAUCCGGUCCCCGACACACCCAAAAGACCAGAGAUCCUUUCACCAGAUCUUCCUCGCACCACUCGGAGAACAUCAACUCGGCAAAAAACAGUGGAUGUUUCAGAGCCAUCUGAUACACCGGUUACUCGGAAUGGUCGCAGAAGAGCGGCAGCGACUUCGGUUCGGUCGAAGAUUGAAGCCCAUAGGAAGGAAGACAAUGAAGGAGGAGAAGAAGCGAUACAAAAGGAAUACCCAGAUGUUCCUGUUCAUAGUGUGAGGAGAUCUGCAAGGUUGUCUGAUAAGAGGAUUUCUACAUCGAUUCAAAAGAAGGGAUCAAGAAGAGUAGAAGCCGUAAAGAUCGCAGUAUUGUCUGAAGAAGAAGCAGAGGAUUUGGAGAAGGAGCAAUCAACAGAGGGUUCUGAAAUCUCUGUUCUCGGAAAAUACAAAGAAACCGACCGUAUGAUUUCUGGUGAGGUUCUAAACAAUGGAUCUGAGACUUUCGGUGGAGAGGAGAGCUCUCUGGUGAAUUCAAGCGACACCACUCAGCCCGAAUCCUCUUUAUCAGAGGAAAUCUGCAAGCCCAAUAUUGAAGAAGCGGAUAAAUCUGUCACUGAUAAUGAUGUUUAUGUUACUGAACCCCUGGUUGCAGAGGUUCAGGGAAGUGGGUCUCUGGUAGCAGAGAAUGAAAAGGAGCUUCAUGGACCAUCAGAAACGGGGCUAGAAGAGGAUAAAUAUGGUGCUACCCUUGUUCCAGAAUACAUGUCCACCGGAAAAAUCUGCAACUCGCCAAGCAAAGAAUCUGUUGCAGAGACUUCUUCGCCAAAGGGAAGCAACUCUUCAAAAAACAAGGAAUUUGUUGUUGGAGAUUUAAUUGGAAACGAGCAGCAACGGAUGGAUAGUCUCAAAGUAGAUGAAAGCUCUGACGGUGAUGAUGAAGACACAUUUGUGGUUCAAAACCAGGAAAACAAAGAAUCUGGUGAGGAUCUGGCCGUUGAUGAAAGUGGGGUGAUUUCAGAUUGUGGAUCAACUGAAGGUGAUAUUUAUGAAAUCCAGCCCCUGGAAACAACAUGUUUGAAUCUUUGCCCCACAGAAAAUCCAGAGAUCGUUGGCAACAAAGAAUGCAAUUGUGGAUUGACACUUGAUGCAAUAGAUGAGUAUGUUGGUGAGGUAAAUGUUGAGGUUCUGUCUGAAGCAGAAGAAAUUUCUUAUCUGUCACCAGAGAAAACGAGUGAAAUCCAACCCCUGGUGACAAGGUGUUUGCAUCUUGGUUCCACAGAGAACCCAGUGACAGGGGGCUGCAAAGAAUGUGAUCAAAGUGCUGGUCAAUUAGUGCUCCAGAUUGAGAACGUCACUAAUCAGCUUGCCAGGGUUGUUCUUCAAUCAGAAACUGAUGAUUCCGUAUCUGUUCUGCAACAGAAAAUGAAUGAAGUUCCAGAGCUGGAGAAUGUGGCCGACCCAGAUCCUACUAAAGUUCUGGCGAUUGAAAAGCAUUCUAUUGAUGAAUCCAAUGAGUGUUUUGAUGAGACUGCAGAGAAUGGCACUGAGAUGAAUGCAGGAAGUGGUUUUGAAGAAGUGGGAGAAAAAAAAUCCUGUGAAGAGCCUGAGAAAUGUGAUCAGGCUAAAGAGCCUGGUACCAUCGAUGCAGGAAUUGAUAAUGAUGAAUCUAAAGGUGGUGUUGUUUCUCCCUUCUCUUAUAUUGAACAAGAAGAAAAGUCUAGUCAAGAGAGAGAUUUUAAUGUUGCCGCCCAUGUUGCGACAGCAGAUGUUACUGUCACUGAUUCUACUGCUGCAAACAGUGUCGAUGCUAUCAGUUCUAUUUUGCAUCUUGAGGGUAAGAUCUCUCUACCAUCUCCUGCAAACAAUGCCACUCCAACCUCAACAGCAAAGAAAUCACUGAAGACGAGGCAGACACCAAGGAAAUCAGGGAACAAGAAACAGACUACCCCCACAAGUCUCAUGAUCUCUGAGGACAACAAAGAGAACACCCCAACGUGGCUCAUGGUCUCUGAGGGCAACAAAGAGAAGACCUAUGAAAUUAGUUCCAAAAAACUGGAAUUCUUGAGUAUUGCCAUCCCAGACACUGCUCAGGUGGAAAUGGAGAAGAAGAAAGAUGCGGCAAGUUUACCAAAAGGAUACGAGAAUACGAGUAAAAGGCAGCUGAUAAAAAUGAUCAAAGAAAAGGAAAAACAAGUGGAAAAUAAAAGAACAGCUCUACAGACCCUGAACAAAAAUUGAGGGAUGGAGAGGCUGCUCACUGUGGGGAUGAUGAUGGCAACAACUAUGGAUUUUGUUUUGAUUGUGGGGUUUAAACCUUGGUUUGUCCCCUUUUCGUUUCGGCUAGUUACAUGAGGGAUAUGGAGAGGCAGCUUACUGUGGGGAUGAUGAUGGGCAACAUCUAUGGAUUUUGUUUUGAUUGUGGGGUUUUAAACCUUGGUUUGGUCCCCCUUUGUUUCAGCUAAUUACAUAUGAUAUUUCUCAAACCUUAUGCAAUGAAUAAAAUCUUUAAUAGCUUUGGUA